AACUUUGACAAAUCCAUUGGGGGGAAAUACAACAAUAUGGGUAUAGGUGCAUUGUGUACGGUCAGCUGAUGAUGACAGAUAUCGGACCGGUUGACAAGUGGAGGUUAUCAUAUCGUCGGUGCACAAGAAUAGUGACACAACUCAAAAAUUGGCAUUUUCGAGAUUAUUAUGAAAAUGCAUUGCAAAAUACCCAUAUUUUCAUAUUCAAGAACGACAUUUUUGAUUUUUCCAAAAAUCUCCACAAGAUAGCUGUAGUGUCGUUAUUCCCUUAUCGCAUAAUCGCUAGUUGGUAAUCUUGAAAAGCGACACAAAUCUAGUUGUGUUCUGUCCGCCAAAUUGACAUCAUCAUUUAUUUUCAAAUACAACGACACAAAUCUAAAUGUGACACUUUUUAUAAAAUUAUCAACAAUCGUUACUUUGAACAGUGACACAAUUCAAAAUAGGUCACUAUUGUUGAACAAAUCAAGUUAAAAAACAUGACAUCUGCUGGAAGGUUGAGAUUACUUAUGAAGUUGGUGAAGGUUAAACAAGAUGAACCCAAUCUGACUACUGAUGUAGUUGAUAAAACUACUUUGUACGAAGUAAAAAAUGACGAAAAGUCUCAAUUAUUGCCUAUAGAAAAUGCAUUUGUCAACCCUACAUCUUCUGACGAGUUCAUUACUUUAGAAAAUGUACCACCUUCAUAUUUUGAACAGAAUCACGAAGAUAAUGCCGUAUUAGAGUACAAUGAAAUAACCAUUAUUGAAGAGGCAGAUACGCCAUCAACACAGGCUAUCAACAACAUAGAAGGCAGCCUAAGUGAUUGCGUAAUGUCUGAAAAUGAAUCUGAAGAAUAUAACUAUACAGAUGACAGUGAUUUAGAUCCAGACUAUGAUGGCGGUGAGAAUUCCAGUUCAUCGUCGACGUCAAGUGAUGAAGUUCCCGACGAAGAGGCACACUGUGAAGAGAAAUCCAGUUCAUUGUCGACGUCACGUGAUGAAGUUCCCGACGAAGAGACACACUGUGAAGUUGAAGAAAGAAGAGGGAAAAAACGAAAGGCCAAACCAGAGCUGUGGACUAAAUCAAUUAGGAAAGCAUGCAGAAACCAUGGGAAAAAAUACACGUAUCUCAAUUCUAAAAAAGAAAUCAAGGUUGUUGAAGAUAAAGUAAUGGGGCCACCAUGCAAAGACAGCUGCACCCUUAAUUGCAAAACAAAAAUCACCGAAGACCAACGAUUAACCAUUUUUACUGAUUAUUGGGCACUAGGCGAUUUACAGAGACAACGUAACUUUCUGUUAUUAAGUAUGGAGUCAGUUGAGCCGAAGUAUAGGUAUGUUCGGGAGAACAACCAUAGACAGAGAAACAGUGCAUUUUAUUUUUCUGUUGAUGGUCAGAGGAUAAGAGUGUGCAAGACAUUUUUUAAAGCAACACUUUCCAUAUCUGACAGGCCAAUUAGAACAGUGUUAAACAAAAGCAAUGAUAAGACCAUCGGCAUGAUUGAUAUUGAAAAACGAGGAAAACAUGGCAAGCACAAAAAAAUUGAUGAAAGCAUUAAAGAAGCAGUUCGUCGUCACAUACAAUCCAUUCCUAGGAUGGAAAGCCACUACUGCCGAAAAGAUUCCGUUAGAGAAUAUUAUAUUGAAGGGGACAAGAAUCUAGCAGACUUACAUAGGGACUACCGUGAACAAAAUGAGGAGCCACAUGCUAACUAUCUUAUGUAUUCAAAAAUUUUCAAUACGGAAUUUAAUAUCGGAUUUCACCGCCCAAAAAAAGAUCAAUGCGAAGACUGCAUAAUGUAUCAAAAUGCUCCCGAAGAGGAAAAAAAUACACUGAAAGAUAAAUACGAUCGACAUCUGGUAGAAAAGGAAUUAUCUCGUGAAGAAAAAAAAGUUGAUAAAAAUAGCGAAAAUAAAAAUUUGAUUGUGGCAGUUUAUGACUUGGAGGCAGUUCUUCAAUGUCCUCGAGGAGAGGCAUCCGGUUUCUACUAUGUAUCCAAAAUUAAUGUAUUUAAUUUUACACUGUACGAACUGAAAUCAAAAAAUCCUGAUGUUUUUUGCUACUUAUGGGAUGAGACACAAGCAAAACGCGGAGCUAAUGAGAUUGGAACCUGCGUCCUAAAAUACAUCGAAUCAUUGAAGGACAGAGAAUCGGUCCAGCAUGGUGAGAAGUUAGACAUUAUAUUUUACAGUGACAACUGUUGUGGCCAGCAAAAAAAUCGAUUUAUGUUGUCUAUGUACCGCUAUGCUGUUGGAAAAUACUCGUAUAUAAAUUCCAUAACACACAAGUUUUUGGUCAAAGGACAUAGUCAAAAUGAGGGGGACUGUGUCCAUUCGGUAAUUGAACGUACUGUCAAAAAAAGUUUAAAAACAGGCCCAAUUUGCAUACCAGCGCAAUACAUUACGUUAAUUCGUGGUGCAAAAAAAACUGGAAGGCCUUACCAGGUCAAUGAAAUGAGUUACGACUCCUUCUUUGAUUUGAAAAAUUUGGCUGAACAAUCUUUAAUCGGAACCAAUCUGAAGGAUUCAAAUGGCGACAUCGUUAAAAUAACAAGUGUGUGUAUGUUUCGUUUUGAAAAGGAAAAUCCCCAAAAAUUUUUUUUUAAAACAUCUUAUUCGGAAAAGGAAUUUUGUGAGAUCCAUUUGAAAGAAAGACGAUCAAAAAACACAAGUACUAUCUGCAAUGAAUUAAAACAACUAUAUACUAUUAAAAUAGGGGCAGCAGCUAAAAAACCAGGUCUACUGAAGCUACUAGAGAAAAAUGUAAUACCAAAAUCAUUUGCAUUUUUUUAUGAAAAUUUGUAAUUUUUAAAUAAUAUUAAGACUUAAUAAUUAUAAUAAUUUUAAUUUAUGACGUUCCUAAAGUAUAGAACAAAUACAAGGCUGUUAUUUUUAUGUUUUAAUUACUUAAUUUAUAUAAUACUUACGAAGUUCCUAAGUAUAGAACAAGACUAAUUAUUUUUUUAUUAUUUUAUUUCUAGUGAGUUUUAUGAAUAUUUUAAAUGUAUAAUAUAAAAAUGUUAUAUUUUGUAUUUUAUAAUUUUAUAGAUCAUUUAAUGAUCUAAGUUAAAUACCAAAGCAAGGUUGUGUAUCUUAUAUUAUAUGUUAUUUCCGUUGUACAAUAAAGGGUUGUUUUUGUAUGAAUUUAUUAAUGGCAUUGUUAUUAAUAUUAUUCCUAUUAUUAUGAUAAAAUAUCAUUAGGUGGUGAUAUAAUA